GCAACUUUUACAGGUCACUCUUCGAACUCUCUUUUCAAGCGGGUCGGCCUCCUGGUAAAAAUGCCAGCGAAAGAGGAUCUCAAGCACCGGAGGGCCCACAACGUGCUGCUCAUCCAGAAGUUGAUGGGUGCUCGAGAAAAUGCGUCUCCGUUCACCCUCGUGCUCGACUCACUCGAGCAAAGCGGGCGUCCACUCGUCAAAGAGAUCGCCAAGAGAGCGACUAAGGCGCGGACGUAUGUCGUCUUUGUCUCUUUUGAAACCGUUCGCAAACCAACGAGCGCGGAUGUUUUCAUUCUUGCCCACGAGCUCAAUCUACUCGAUCUACAAAAACGACUUCAGAAAGCCGUGUCGCCAUCUUCGAGAACGCUUGUCAUUUUCGACUCCCUCCACCCGUUGCUCAACAAUGCUUCGGUGCACGUAUCAUCAUUCUUUGCGCCGCUCAUGGCACUCAACUGUUCAAUUGUAGCAACGUACCACAUGGACGCUCCAGUUACCGGAUCGAACCCGUCGUGUUACUCGCCUCAGCCUCUUGCUGUGCUCAGGUACCUAGCGACCGCUAUUCUCACGGUGCACUCACUGCAUCACGUCCUCGCCCAAAAGGCCGCUCGGGACAGGGCUGAGCCAGAGCCCCUGUUUGGACUGGGUGGAGAAGGUAUCGAAGGCGCACUGCUGAGUUUAGGCAGCAACGACACGGGAGGACUGGUCAUAGAGAUGGAAUACCGACGAAAGUCUGGAAGAAGCGUUGGGGAGUGGUUUGUCCUCUCGAGUCCGGGGUCAGCUGUAGCGUCGGCAGGUGCAAAGGAGACGCGAAAGGCGGGAGUUGCACGCGGAGGAGACGGGGGGACUGAAGUUAUUCUACUUGAGGACCAUCCAUUGUACACCCAGCCGAGCGAGGAAGUGGUGGAAAAGGGUUUGGAAAGCACCUUCAAUCUGGAACUGACGGAGAAGCAACGGAGGGACAGAGAAGGCGUCGUCCUUCCGUACUUCGACGCGCAAGAUGGCGCUGGCGGCGAGGGAGGGCGAAUAUUGUACGAGAUGGGAGUCGAAGAUGACUUUGACGAGGAAGAGGAUGAAAUAUAACAACUGGCGAUGCAAUGCCGACGAGAAACGGUGAAGGAAAGUGAAUCUUUGUUCACUAUGCCGUUGCACUAGCGCUCUAGAUCAGUACGCUCUAAAAACACAGCUUCAGCCAUGCUGCGUGAAAUAGUCAAG